AUGGACCCCGACGAUCAGCCACCCACAGGCCACGGAUGCAGUAACCUCGAUCAUGACGCUAAACCGCAAACCGGUGGGUUAAGUCGCGGCGAGACAUGGCCUUUGGGUGAGGGAGAUGGGACAGAGGGCGGCGCAGGCUCGAGUAGCACCCCAUACGUCAGCCUCUUCUCACCCAAUGUACCCGCCAUACCACCCUCGGCACCUUCCGACCUCACGGGUAGCCCUAGGGCCCACGUGAACCACUCUAGGUCGCUCAGCUACUCGCGCUCCAUGCCAUCACUGGCCAACUAUUCCAGCAUGACAUCGCGCGCCUCCAGAAAUCACAUCUCGGAUGACCGACCGCCCAUAGUCCAGCUGCAGACGCAAAUUGACCGAGCCCAGAAGAGCGCUGAUGAUCCAAAUACCCCACUCGAAGAGCCAGGUAGAAGGCGCACUACCCUGGACCUGAUGCAAACUGAGCAUUCUGUUCGCACCGACAUCAGCAGGCUGUUUAGCGAGAGCGCGGCCAUGCCAGGAACCAGGGCACCUUCCUACAACAAUGCAACGGGACCAUUGUAUCUGCGAGCUUCAGGCGAAGCCAUACCACUUCCUGAUCACCUCUAUACCCGCGGACUGCUCGAAGGACGCCACUCGGAUAUUACAAUCAUCGCCUUUGGCCAGCGAUAUCCCCUGCACCGUCUCAUUCUCGACCGCGCGCCCUUCUUUACAACCGCUCUCUCAGAGCCAUGGCUCGAAAGCCAAUCCAAGGAAGUCAAACUACAUCCAGAGGAGAUCGAUCCCAGUAUAACGCAGGCAUCGUUUGAGUUGGCUAUACGCAAGCUCUACGGCGUGGAUGUAUCCAAAGAGUCGGACGCCGAGGCCAUCGGUCUGUUCGCAACUGGCUGCUGGCUGGAGAUGCAGGAUCUCAUCGACUCUGCAAUCGAAUCCAUACUGCGGCAGAUGGCACCAGAGACGCUUGCAUAUCUAAUCCGUUUAGUCACCUCCAACUACUACGGUCGAUCUGGAGACCGCAUACUCGAGUCAGCCAAAGCAAUGCUGAGCAGGAACGGCUGGGAAAUGCCACUUAAAUACUGGGACGACAUGCCAGGCGACAUCAUCCGCGAGCUCGUAGGAUCUGAUGGGUUCUUUGUGGACAGCGAGUGGGACCGAUGGGUUUUAUCCAAGCGUCUUCUCGACCGCCGCCUACGACAAGCUGCCGUCGAGGCUGGCCUUAUACAGCGAGGGCAGAGGCCUAUUCCACAGGCACCCAAUUCCCUUCGCCUCAUGGCUGUUCGCUUCGAUGGUGUCUAUCGACAGAACGCCCUGACGACGGCGCACUCCUCAUCCGACGCGCAGGCAGACUGGCUCGCUCUUUACACUCUGCCUGACAUUGAGCGCAUCCUCGUGCUGCUAGACGAAGGCAUCCACUACAUUCACAUGGAGUACGAGCAGCUUGAGUUCAUCAGGAACGCUCGUGACGUCUUUGGCCUACCGGUGAUGCCUGAAAGGGUCAUCUCGAACGCGCUAUGGCAGCAGCUGGCUCUCCGCCAGAGGGUACUCAAUACUGAUGAAUCUGCUCAGGAACUGGGACUAUGCCAAUCGACGCCAGACCCCGAAGUAGCAAACGCGGCAACCAAGACCGAAGGGGAGUUGACCAAUAAAGGAAAGCAGAAAGCGUCUACGAAUCCGGUCGAUGAAGGUGAUAUCGAAUCAGAUAGUUGGGACGGCAACGGCAAGCCACGAAAGUUCUGGAUUCCAAGCUCAGACUGCAAUAUUGUCCUUGGUAACGGGGCCGAUCCUGUUGUUACGACUUCGAAUUCUUUCCAGCGCCAUGCUUCACGCCUGUCAGCCACGAUUCAACCAGAGGAUGCACAAUGGGCUACCGACUUUGCAUCCACUCCGUCAACUCUGACGAAUCCAAAUACCCGCAUGGACUUUGCGCAACGUCCCAUAUCUGCUGGUGGUGGUAAUGCCGGGCAGCCGAAGCCGAUCGCCUAUACCGAGUUCCCUCCAUUCCGGUUUUCGGCUGAGUUUCCCAAUCCGCGCUUCCUUAAAGAGAAGAAGCGCGUAUAUUCGAGAACAGUAUCCUACGCAGGCUCGUUAUGGAACAUUUAUAUUCAGAAAGUUCGCUCUGCGAAGAACAUCCAGUUGGGUGUGUAUCUCCACAGAGCCAAAGAGCGGGAAGUGGACGAAGCUGGACAUGUUAGUAGCCUUAGCCAGCAGAACAACGGCUCUGUCGACGAGCGUAUUGGUCAACUAGAGCGCGAAAUGCUCAUGCGUAGUGAUCGGCGCGAUCGCCGACGUGGCACUCGUGUUCCGUUCAUGGAUCCUGCUGCAGAAGAAGACACUUCCGGAAGUGGCGGGGAUCCUGACCCUUCUCUCGGCUCUCUAGGACUGCGUAAUCCACUGUUCUCCAGCAGCAGUCUUGGUCGCCAUCGCAGUCGGCUACCUACCCGCGGCAUCCCACAAUGGGGCUUCCACAAUCUGGCUUCGUCGCCACCCCAAGACGGUGAUGGUACAGACUCUCCCUCCUUUGCCAACGCUCAGUACUCGCCAUCUGAACACGAAUCCGACACUUCGGAUGACAAUGACGAAUCAGACGCCGCCGCUUACAUCAAUCCCUCACUCGCCUCCAAAACACAGCGCAAAACAAGAGCCGCCAUACCUGCGCUACCACCCUACGUCGACGGCCGACCUACAAUCAAAACCUACUUCAAGAUUUACAGUCCUUCCAAGGGUGGAAGGAUGUUAAGCAUCUACGAAAGCGCGCCUGACCGCUUCAACUUCAGUCAGAGCUGGGGAUGGAAGAGCAGCACCUUGAUGCUGGACGAAAUUACGAUCAGUGGCGGAGGAGAUGAUACCCUGGCUGGUGCCAACCCAGCCGCAAGCAAAAAGACGGACGGCAAAUUGAGAUUCAUGGUUGUUAUCGGGAAUUUGUAA